CAGUGCCGCGAGCGGUGGCACAACCACCUCAACCCGGCCAUCGUGACGACGCCGUGGACGGAGCGGGAGGACCGCAUCAUCCUCGCGGCGCAGGCCGAACUCGGAAACCGGUGGGCCGAGAUUGCAAGGAGGCUGCCAGGCCGCUCGGAUAACGCCAUCAAGAACUAUUGGAACUGGCAGCUUGGGCGC